AUGGCCGUCUACCUCCUAUCCAAAGCCGCAGAUCCCAUCUUCGCCUUGACCAUGGGCAUCGCAGCCGCAUUCUCCCGCAUCCGCCGCGAACAAGUCGAAAAACACCCGGAGCGGGCCUCUGACAUCGGAUACGGCACCGUCGUACAGCUGGGUCAGCGCCGGAUACAGCGUUGGUGGAGGGGGAUUUCCAGAAUGUGUAGGAUGGGUACAGACACAGACACAGACACAGACACAAACACCCAUAAUAUGACAAGUUUGCCAUUGAGACGCGAGCGGGUGUGGAGGGCUUGGGAUUUGGGAUUUGGAAGUGGUCUUGCACUUGGACUUGGCCUUGGCGAAAUGGGAGUUCGAUGGGACCUUGUUUACUUGGGGUUCGUGGUGGAAUUGUAUUUUGUAUUUUUGGAAUGUUGGCCAAGGGGAAUGCGAUGUAUCGAUGUGAUGUUGCGCAUUGAAGAGUUCUGGUCGGCGUGUCUGAGGGGGAGAUUCUUCCUUUAA